GACGAAUGCAAACGCUAUCUACAGCAUUUGAACAGUAUUAAUUACGAUCAACUUACACCAGAGGAAAAGACAGAUUUCGAUAUCUUCAAAGACUUAUUAACGACGGUUGUUAAGGGAUAUAACUGGCGAGACUACAGUGCGUUGAAUCCGGUCAACAUUCUCGAAACUCCACACACAUUCUUACCCCAUUAUGUAGAAAUAACACCAUUUGACACAGUGGGUGACUAUGAAAACUACCUAAAUCGACUGGAAGCGUAUCCAAAUGAGAUAGACCAAAUGAUAAUACGAUUUAAUAAAUCAAUCGAAAAUGGACACACAUAUCAUAAAGUUUCUGUAGGCCGUAUUCCGGGAUCUAUUGAUAGCAUUCUUGAAGGUGCAAACAAUACCAACUUCUUUCCCUACAAACCAUUUCUAGACAAAUUGACGAAUCUUAAUACCAUUAAUGAUUCAAGAAAGACAAUACUAAGAAAGAGAGCUGAGACGGCUGUUCAGACUAUCAUCCAGAAAUUUAGAGACUUAAAAAGUUAUCUUGAAAAUGUCUAUUUUCAACAUACAAGAAGUGGUUACGGGGUGCGUAGCUGGGAUAAUGGAGGUGAAUUCUAUAAGGAAUGUCUACGUUGGCACCUUUCUCUGGAUUUGUCACCAGAAGAAGUCCAUAACAUGGGUUUACAGGAAGUGGAGAGAAUUUCUUCGGAAAUGAAAAAGGUCUUGUUGAAACUUAAUUACCAGGGUUCUGUAAAAGAGUUUUUUGAUGAGCUUAAGAAUAAUUCUGCGUAUUAUUUCCAAACUGCGGAUGAAAUAAUAAAGUGGUACAAGAAUGCACUUAAAAAAGAAAUAAAUCCCAAGUUGUCAACUUUAUUCAAGGACAUUCCUGAUUUAUCAGUAGAUGUGGAGGCAGAUCCAGCAGGUGGGAUAAGUGGUCAAUACAUACCGGCACCUGAAGACGGAUCACGUCCCGGAAAGUUUCUUGUCAACGUGAAACACCCAAAUAAAUCACUCACGAUCAACUAUAUGGCUUUACUUAUUCAUGAAACAAAUCCAGGUCAUCAUAUGCAGAUAAGUAUUGCAUCGACUGCCAGAAUCCCUAGUUAUAGGAAAUACAUGGGUGGACGUUUUUACAACGUUCCUUUUGAGGUCCCUUUUUAUACAGCAUAUAUUGAGGGUUGGGCACUGUAUGCAGAAUUCCUUGGUGAAGAAAUGAACUUAUACAAAACUGACUAUGACCUCAUGGGAAGAUACAGAUCUGAAUUAUUUAGUGCAGCUCGUCUCGUUGUCGAUACGGGAUUACAUUAUUUCAACUGGACAAGAAAUCAGGCACUGCAAUUUAUGCUAAACCACACUUCGGCUGACGAGAACAUGCUUGCAACCGAAAUCGACCGAUAUAUAACAUGGCCAGGCCAAGCAUGCGCAUACAAAAUUGGGGAGCUCAAAAUAAAAGAAUUACGAACAAAGGCCCAAGUUGAACUAGGAACCAAGUUUGAUAUCAAAGAUUUCCAUUCGACAAUUUUGAAAUAUGGCCCCCUUCCUCUGCGUAUCCUAGAAAAUAAUGUCAAUCUGUGGAUCGCCAAAACAAAGACUAAACCUACAGAAAUGAGGGAGCAGUGCACUUCCGGUUCCUCUUUUGAUACCAACUGGAAAUUGUUUCUGAUUUUUUACCUUACUUUAACAUUAAAAUCAUGGAUUUAACCCCCAACCCCCUUUAUCACCAUUUAA